AUUCACCGAACUGUUAUACACAAUCGACGAGGGAUUUCUAGCAGUUUUCCGACUGGCGAGGGUUUUCGACUUCGAGACCACCAAGAGCAGCGAGGGUAAAGCUUCUUCACCAAUCAACGAUGGCCGACGAAGAUUACAAUGAUUUGGACAUGGGUUAUGAGGAUGAGCCACCGGAGCCUGAGAUUGAGGAAGGUGCAGAAGAGGAUAUAGAGAACAACAACAAUGAUGACAUUCCUGUAGAACCUGAAGCUGAUGAGAAAGGAGAAGAUCAUCCAGUUGAACGCCCUCGGAAGACCUCAAAAUAUAUGACAAAAUAUGAGCGUGCCAGAAUCUUGGGUACUCGUGCUCUGCAGAUCAGCAUGAAUGCUCCUGUAAUGGUCGAGUUGGAGGGUGAAACUGAUCCGCUGGAGAUUGCAAUGAAGGAGCUUCGUGAGCGGAAGAUACCCUUCACUAUCCGCCGCUACCUGCCAGAUGGAAGUUACGAAGACUGGGGAGUUGAUGAAUUGAUCGUGGAAGACUCAUGGAAGAGGCAAGUGGGGGGCGAUUGAUCUGUUUAUGGGUUAGUCAUUAAUGGACACUGGAAGUUCUGCAUAAUGUGUAUUGAAACUUUGUAGCUCCUCUUCCUCUUUUGGCCAAAGAAGAAAAGAGUUGAUACUCGAUAGAGCUGCCGUGUUUAGUAUUCACUAUUAUAUACUGCGACUUUAUCCCCUUAUAUAUGCUAUUUGCCCGAAA